AGCAGAUACUUAUCUAUCUAUGUAGAUUGAUUACAUAUAAAGGAUCGGAUAAAAUAGUAAUAGCAGAUCCUGGAUAACUUUGCGCCACAUUCUAACCACUUCCAACCGCAACGUGCGCUUCUGCAAAAUUACAUAUAAACUGCAUUCGAUCAUCUCUUAGCUUGGUAAUUGGCAAUUGAAGUUUUCAAAGAAAUAUCAAGACGUCAGUACGAGAUGGUGAAAAGAUCUACAAUAAUCGGAUCGCAUCUAUCGAUCGGCUAAUGUCAGACACCCUUUGUUUUCUAUCCAGAAUUUCGUAAACAAACGCGAGUUUAGGUCAGUUUAGAGGCCUGUUCUUUCUAGCUGAAACUGACUUCUUGCAUGAUUCAUCUUUCUUCCUUUUCCACAUUGAAGAGAAAAAGAGAAAAGUGAUCUUAAGUAAACAUACAUACGGCGCACGCGUGACAAUCAGUUUACUGUUGCCGCCAAUUUCUGUUAACACUAUUGACAGUAGCAAUUGAUAGCGAUGUCAAAGUAUCCAUGUUUGAGGCCUGCCGGCAUGUCCGAUGAGGAGGACGAUGAGGAUGAUGACGUUUUUUACUCUCUCGAGGAGAAAGAAUCUACUGUCAAAAAAUAUAAUUAUACUUCAUGGAAGGGAGAGACGAAGGAAGAGACGAAAAUCAAUUCCGAGAUAAACAAUGAGGAACGUAUCUACGAAGAUCGCCUUAUAAAGGCAUGUACGAUGGGGCAAUUGAACGUGAUACAGGAAUAUCUUGAACAAGAAUAUGAUGUCAAUAAGUUCCUAUAUACUGGAUGGACUCUAUUAUUAUAUGCAAUUUCAUCGGUGGAACCAGUAAUAGUAGAGCAUCUUUUGGAACAUGGUGCAAAUCCGAAUAAGCAUAAAGAUGGAUUUACACCCCUUAUGGCGCUGUGCAAUUCUACAAAGGGAACAUCAGAAAACUCUAUGAAAUGUCUUGAGCUUUUAAUACAAGCGAAAGCUGAUGCAAAUAUUACAAAUAAGCACAAGGAAACGGCUUUAAUGUACGCCUGUAUGUCAAAGGAUGCGGAAUUUGUCUUCGAGCUUAUAAAAUACGUACAGAACAUUGAUGCUUGCGACAGCGAUGGGAAAUCGGCAUUGAUGUAUGCCACUUCAGCUAAUAAACCUGAUAACGUCAAAAUUCUUCUGGCGCAUAAUGCGAAUACUUCACUGACAGACUUAUACAAUUUAUCUGCCAAAGAUAUCGCAGAUACAAAAGGAUUCUCAGCGAUAUCUGCUCUGUUGAAUGAAGAUGAAGAAGAAAUACAAACGUUUUACGAGAUAUCUGACGUAGCAACUUGGAAAGAUUUAUUUCCAAAUUUAUAUCCUAGAAAAAAGGAACUUGUAGAUUAUGACAUAUCAGUGAUGUUAUAUGGAAUGGGUUUGGAAAACUAUGCCAAUUUAUUUCAAGGAAUGGAUAUUAAAACUUUUUUGCAAUUGUCAGAAGAUGAUCUUUGUCGCCUAGGAGUAGAUAUUACUGUUCAUAGAGAUCAAUUCUUAGAAAAUCUUGAAAAAUUUCAUAGCAGGAAGUGGCUUUUAAACAGUUUUGGCAAACUUAAGAAAACCGAUUCAUAUACAAUUUAUGACGGUGUAAUAUCGUUAACAAAUGCAAAAAAACAGAUUGGUGUGAUAGCUUCUAGUUUUCAAUACAUUACAAAUAAUUUGCUGAAAGCUGCAAACGAAAAUGUCGUUUUGUCUUCUGAAAAAAGAAUAGAAUGUGAAGAAGAACUGAGGAAAACGCAGAAAACUUUGAAACUUCUAAAGAACGAGAUAAUACAAGUUAAAAAACUAGCCCAACAGAUCGACAAGGAAACUAAUAUCAAUGCACCGGCAAUUUGGAUUGGUCCCAAGAGUAUCAAAUCCAGUUGGACUAUAACAAUAAGCAUUACAUUAAUGGUAGGACUAUACUUGUGCAAAAAAAUGUAUGUUCAAAAAUUAUGGAAUAUAUGUAACAUUAGAAUAUCUUCAAUACUUCGUUUUCGAACAAAUUUACCAUACUUUUUCGAAUGAAUUCAAAUAUUACAAUGUUUUAUAGUACAUUAAGUUUACAAUUAUGUAAUUAUAUA